ACGACCUUCCCCGCGGUUGUUGAUAUUUUUGUGAGACAAUUUCUCAAAACGCAAAGCAUGUCAGCCCUACAACAAAAUCAGGUUUUAUCCAUUCAAAGUACAGUUGUGUCAGGGUAUGUCGGGAACAAGUGUGCCUCGUUUGCUUUACAGAUUCAUGGCUUUGAUGUCUGUCCAGUCAACUCAGUCCAGUUGUCAAAUCAUACAGGGUACAAGUGCUUCAAGGGGCAAGUAUUGAAUGCUGAAGAUAUAGAAUGUUUAUAUGAUGGUCUCAAACAGAACAAUAUACAUGGACAGUUCUCACAUUUAAUUACGGGUUAUAUUGGAUCAAAGUCAUUCCUGUUGAAGGUAGGGGAGAUAAUACAAGAUAUCAGGGACAGUAAUCCAGGAAUAAUGUAUGUUUGUGACCCUGUAAUGGGAGACAAUGGUAAAAUGUAUGUACCAGAGGAAUUGAUGCCUGUAUACAGAGAUGUGAUAGUACCAAAGGCUGACAUUGUUACACCAAACCAGUUUGAAGCAGAAUUAUUAACAGGUAUUAAGAUCACAUCAGAAGCUGAGGCAUUAAAAGCAAUGCAGUGUUUACAUGACAAGGGACCAAAAACUGUAGUACUGAGUAGCACAAAUCUUGGCCUAAAAGACUCCAAGGACUCAAAAGGAUCUGAAGACGUACUUGUGGCUCUUGCUAGCUCAGUUAAAAAUGGUGACAAGGAAUGUUAUAGAAUAGAGAUGCCCUACAAAGAGGCAAUAUUUGUUGGUACUGGUGAUCUAUUUGCUUCCUGUUUGAUGGCCUGGAUGCAUAAAGAUAAUGAUCUCAAGACUGCCUUUGAGAAGACAGUUUCUACAGUACAAACAGUUAUAACCAGGACAUUGAAUGCUGCCCAGGAGGUAGCAGGACCAGGGAACAAGCCAACGCCCGCACAGAUGGAAUUACGGUUGAUACAGUCAAAGUCGGACAUUGAAAAUCCCAAAAUAAAUUUUACGGCAAAAAAGUUAUGAUGACAGUUUUUUUUAGAAGACAAAGAAUUAAUUUAGUGAUAUUGAAAAAAAAGUUGUGAUUAGAUAUUUUGUGAUUAUAAAAUAUUGUUUAGGUCCAGGAUUGACUUCUUAGAUAUACCAUGAUGUGAUCAAAAUGUUUGAUUUUUUUCUGUUUUAAGGUCAAAAUAAU